UCUCUCUCGUCCCUCCCCCUCCCCCCUCGGCUCUGACGCGCUGUGCGUAAAAGCGCUUCAGUUGCGUUUGUGUGUCCAGAGCUGACAGAGUCAAAUCCGUGGCAGCAGCAGCGGCAGCAGCAGCAGCGGGGAUGGUUUAACUCCACAACUUCAGCCUGUCUGCGGCCGGUUCCCCCCCGCGUGGGUCGGUGGGUGAGUCCGCGCGCCCUGAGGUCCGGGACUAGGAGCCGGUGACGGACAAUGAAGGAGGAAACGCGCGGCGGAAGUCACACUGUCUCGGACUGAGUGGGAGACUCCGGCGGCGCGUGGAUUUUAACUCCUCCUGUCCUGUGAUUUCUGAUGGCAGCGCGGCGUGGCGUGGCUGCCCCCGGAGACACGCGGAGCAGGCGCAGCGAGCUGGAGUGAAAUGGAGCUGCUGGCCGGACGCGUGUGACCGGACAUGGAGGCUUUCGGUGAAGUCAACGCCACGCAGGAGGAGCUCCACUUCCUGCCCCCGCCUGACAGCGACCCCAACAACCUGGGUUACCAUGACUACCCCCCAAACAUCGGCAUCCUGCCCCCGGUUCUGCCAGCCGGAUUCGAGGGAGUGAAUUUUCCAGAAGACCCCAUCCGACUGCUGAGCGUUCAGGUGGUGUUGAUCUUGGCCUACAGCACCAUCAUCGGGCUGGGGGUUCUGGGUAACUCGCUGGUCAUCUACGUCAUCUAUCGCUUCAAGACUCUGAGGACCGUCACCAACUUCUUCAUCGCUAAUUUGGCCGUUGCCGACCUGCUGGUCAACACGCUGUGCCUCCCCUUCACGCUGGUCUACACGCUGCAGGGGGAGUGGAAGUUCGGCGGCACGCUCUGCUUCCUGCUGCCCUACGCCCAGGUCCUCGCCGUGCACGUCUCCACGGUGACGCUCAACGUCAUCGCCCUGGACCGCCACAGGUGCAUCGUGUACCACCUGGAGACCAGGAUGAGGAAGGAUGUGUGCUUUGGGGUGAUAGCGCUGACCUGGGUGCUGAGUGCCGUCCUGGCCAGCCCCAUGGCCAUCUUCAGAGAGUACGGCUCGUUUGUGCUGGACCCUGGCCACACUUUACAGUUCUGUCGGGAGAAGUGGCCCGGUAAAGGAACGGACGGUACGCUCUACAGCAUCUCCAUGCUGAUCCUGCAGUACUUCCUGCCGCUGUCCAUCAUCUCCUUCGCCUACGCCCGCAUCUGGUCCAAGCUGCGCGGCCACGUCAGCCCGGCGGAGAGCGGCGUCAACAGCAGCGCCAGCUCCGAGCGACACCGCCGCCGCCGCAAAACCACCAAGAUGCUGGUGACCAUGGUGGUGGUGUUCGCCGUCUGCUGGCUGCCCAUCCACGCCUUCCAGCUGGCCACCGACAUCGACAGCUCCGUGCUGGACAUGCGCGACUACCGCCUGCUCUACACCAUCUUCCAUGUCAUCGCCAUGUGCUCCACCUUCGCCAACCCGCUGCUGUACGGCUGGAUGAACCGGAACUACCGCGCCGCCUUCCUCGCCGUCUUCAAGUGUCGCAAAGACCGCGGGCGGGGCGGCCGGUUGGACAGCAUCCACCCCGUCGGCGGAGGGGCAGCCGGCGCAGCCAGGGCGAAGAUGAUCGUCCUGGAGACGCAAGACCCCGUCUCCACGCACCUGAACGCCACCGACGUGUGACGACUGGAAGACGGAGGAAAAACGGACGGAGAUGAUGGAGGGAGUUCCUCAAGCCGGAGAGAACGAGGAUCAAAAGAUUUUAUUAGCCGGAAACAGAGGAGGAGAUGGAAAUGAUGGAGGAUCAGAGGGAGAGUCACAGAAGAACAGCCAGUGAAUGAAUGACUCAGAGUUGAGGAACAACUGAAGCGGCGUCUCUUUGAAGACGUGACCUCGACAUGAUGGAGAGCUCCCAAAGGAUGAAGAGGAGGAAGAGGAAGAGGAAGAGGAGGAGGAAGAGGUGUCCUCUGGGGCGUCGGUUCAAGUCAAAUUCAUCUCCAUCAGAGAAGUUCAUGAGUGAAACGGUUCAGCUCGGUGAUGCAUUCUGGGAGCUGGGCUGAACUCUGCAUGUGAAGCAUUCAUUAACCUCCAGUGGCUUAUUAAAGUCCCGCUGCAGUCAGGCUGAGAAAACAUGCAGCCUCUGCGUUUGAUACGUGGAAGCUGGUCAAAUUUAGACGGAUUACGUUGAGAGAGAGAGAGAAGGGUUUUGUUUUGUAGACGGAGGAGGAGAAACAAAAGGUUUAAGAAAAAUGUGUUUAAAAUAAAAUGAGCUGAAAGGAUCCCUGCUUUCUGCCAACACAUGAAUGUUCAACCAGACUGACGCCGACCCGGCUGAUCCAGUCACAACUUCAUCAUUUUUGAUAAAAUGUUCUGAUCAUUUCUGCUGUAAAUUUGUGAUUCGGUCCGGCUUGUUAAAGAAACGUGAAUGUUGGAGAGCUUUUGAUUAUUUCCAGGGUUUGAAAAUGUUUGUGUUUUAGUGCAGAGCUGAUUGGACCCUUACGCUACCGAGACACCGGCAGCUUGAAGAGCAACAGGAAAUAAUAAAACUUCUCUUGAUCUUUCAGGAUCAUUCCUGUUAUUUGUUCCACUUCCUGUUCUGAUCCUGUUGUUAACACAUUCAGGUGAAGCAGAGGAACAACAUUCCUUGAUUUUUUAUUUUUUUUCCUAAAAGAUCCAGAUGGUUGGACAAUAUUAUCCUCAUGCAUUUUCUGCAGCUUAUUGAGAUUUUUCCGGUUUGUAUCGAUCAGAAACUCCUGAUUUGUAACAUUUCAAAAUAAUGUCAUCAGUUUUCUAUUUAUUCCAAAAAUAUAUUAGUAUCAGGAUGUGUAAGACGUCUUAAAAUAGAUCAGUGUUUUUCCAUGUAGUGACACAUUCUAGCACUGAAAAAUUCAAAAAUGUCCCUUUAAAAGAGAACCAGGCCCGCAGCAUUACCCGUCCUCCACCCUGUAAACCAGUGGGAAUGAAUACCAGUUAAAUCAAAUUUGUUUUGUUUCAAACCUGACGUGUUUGUUCCAAAUAUUUCACCAAAGUUUCUAAGUUGGCAGAAAUUACACCCACAAGAUCAGGUGAAAUAAAUUAUUUCAGAAAAUAAUGACACAAAUAUGUAAAUAAUUUCCCAUACAUCUAUAUUUUUAGAAACAGCACAAAGUAUUAAAAUAAAAGUCAAAAUAUUUUUCUUGAUCUCGACCAUCAUAAUACCUACAAGCCCAAAUAAAUUAUUGCAAAAAAUAAAAUAAAAAUACUUAAUAUCAAGAUAAGUGAUUGUGAAAUCUAAAUAUUAACGAAUGUGACCUUCAGACAUCAGGAGGAUUUGAACGGGUUUGAAUCGGACCUGCUGUGUGAUGAUGAGGAUGGUGAUGAUGAUGAUGUUUUCCUUAAUAAUCUUCAUCAUUGCUGUACACAGAACCACGGCUCCCUGCCUGACUUUUAAUUUCUAAACGGCUCUCGCUCCAUCCAUGGAUUUAAUUAUGAGUUGAAACAUUAAUUGCUUCAUUCAUCAUGAAUGGAUAAAAAAAUUAAAACAUGAAGGAGUGAAAUCAGCGUUUCAGAAACACAAGAGGGAAAUAAAAGAAAAGUUCAGGUGACCAGAAGAAAAAUAAUAAAUCUGAAUCGCCGGAUUUUCCUGAACUCAUCUUUUCAUUUUCACUCCUUUGUGUUUUACAAAUUAUUCUUAUGGAAAUUAAAGAGUCUUCUUGGCUGAAAUAAUUAUAUUGUACCACAAAGUGCUUUGGUUUAAAAUUUACUUUAAAAAAAAUUAUUUAAUAAAAGAAAAAGUUUUAAAUGUUUUGCUCAUUUUUAGUUCCUUGAGCCUUUGAUGUUGAACCAUUAUCUUUUUUAAGACAUUAUAUUGUUUUCAUUGAAUCCUUUAAAGCACAAUGUCACUAAAACAGGAGGAAACUGUGAGUACAUGAAUAUUUACUAUGAAUAUUAUAAACAAAAAUAAUUUCAAAAGACUGCUAAAGCAUUUAUUUAUACUCUGUAAUGUUGAGAUGAUUUAUUACUGCAAAAAAUAAUAUUUCCAAGAUCUAAAGUAAAACCGUUUAUAGAAAUGAUGAUGUUUGAAUAUUUUGUUUCAUUUGUCUCCAAAAUGUCAACAGUUAAAGAAAACAGCAACUAGAAGUUGACGAUAUUGAUCAUGAUUAUGAUAAAAACUAUUUAUUAUGUAUUUUUAGUCUUUUUUUAAGUGACUGCAUGGCUGUGACUGCAUGACACGGCAAGUUCAAAUAAAACAUUUUAAACACAAAAUUUUAAACAAAAAAACUCAAAAUGAAUGCAUCUAACAUAUUUUCAAAUUUAUUGAUAACAUUAUCAGACAAAUAUUGUAGAAAAUAUUGAAAAUAACAGUCUUUUACCAUAAUAGUAAAAGAUACAAUAAAUACCCAUUUAGUGUUGAAACUCAACAGAAAUAAAAUUUUAACUGAAUGUGAAAAAUAAAAUCUGUAAACUUUAUUAAUUAGAGACUGAUAAAAGGUUUACAUCCUGAAAUCUGUUUUCUCAGAUUUUCUCAGAAUCUUCUUUAUUUAUGUUUACAUUUUUAAUUUACUGGAGUUAAAAUAAAAAUCCUUUUAAAACUGUAAAACUGACCUGGUGCAGAUUAUUUGUUGGCUCCAUUCUAACAUGUUAACCACGUUUCUCUUCUUUCUUUUAUGCUUUUUGUAUAAAAACCUUUACGGUGGCUCAGAAGGGUCAAGAAAACCCAAGAGCUGCAACAGAAGUGAUGCGAAAACAAAAGUUACAUCUACUUGAUCGUGACUUUUGGCUGUUGUUUUUUCAUUGUGGCUUUUGUAUUUUGUUGACCCUUCUGGGCCACCGUAAAUAAAGCAGUACAUUUAAUUAUUGUAGUUUUAUUUCAUGUUGCUAUUAUAAAUAUUCUCUCCUUUUUGUUGUUCAUAAAAAGACUUAUGAACCUUCUUUUGGAUCAGUGUGAAGGACUGGAAGUCAAACUUUUAUAAUUUCUUUUUUACUCCUGUUUUUGCUCGUUUUUAAAGUGAAACGUUUCAUCUUGUCUCUGCAGAUGUGAAAUAUUCUGAGGUUUGUGGCAGGAUGACCACAGAUGCUGCUUGACCUUCUACCAGAUGUGAAUGUAAACCGCUUUGUAACAUGGCUGUAAUGUUGUAGAGUUCAUUAUUGUAAAGUUGUGUGUAACUAUGAACUGUGUGAGCGACUGUAAUCAAGCACAACCUGUUGUCCAACAACAGAUGUACUAUUGUCAAGCACACCAUCGUCUCCUGGCUCUUUCUUACCCGGUUUUAUUCACUUUUUCUGGAG